CGUUCAACUGGUCGACAGUAAAGACGUUGCUUGGCUAUCGCUGGCAUAUUUUCAUUUGUUAUCGUUUGAAGCGUUUCAUUGCUCAAACUACAACAAAGAAUUGGUUUUUGUUUUUUUUUCUUUGACAAAAACAACAGGCGCUUAAAAGAAGAAGAUGAAAUCCGCCUGCUUCGUGCUGUUAGCGGUUAUUUAUCUGGUUCCAGCCGGGGCUAUCUGGCCAGGCCUUUUCGACCGCUUGAGUCAAAGGGUCGACACACUUGCUGAACGCAUCGGGGCUGACAUUGACAGUAGCUUGAAGCAAACCAUCAAUCCGGUUGUGGAACAAUUGAGCAAUAAAGCACACAAUGUUCGUGAAUCCCUUGGUAUCUGGAACAGGCCGUUCAGUCCCCUUUCCAGUGGCCAUCCCAACCCUGUCAUACCACCCAAUCCUAACCUAGCGAAUCAAAAUGAAGGUUCAAAUCCUUUCGAUUUAGGAUUAUCCCCCCUAUUUCAGAGUUUCUUCGACAGCACUCCUCAACGAGAAUGGUGGAAAGGACCAAACAUUUGCAUCGAACGGGAAGAGAUUGACGAAAGCAAGAGAAGCAAUUCCACGAUAUUGACGUCGACUCAACGACCGACUACGACUGAGGCUGAUGGCGUCGUAGUGGAUGAUGAACUCGUACCCGAAAACAGCCCCAAAGAUGACGAAUUGAAAACAAGACGAAAGCGACAAUUUAGCGCUCAUGUCCGAAUGUCAUCGUGCAAUGACGAAGGCAUUUCUUACGUCUGCGAAACAAAAGUUCGGUCCAAUGGAAUACGCAAAAUUUACAAGACGAGAUACAAUUGCUGUUACGGUACCAUCCGUGAAGCAGGUGAAUUCGGUUGUCACGCUGUCGAGUUGCGUAGCCUCCAGGAAACCGUUUUUGCCCUUGGCGGACGUAGUUUCCUCUCCCUAAUGGCCGAGGCUGAAGUUGACCCGAAAUUCUUGAACCAAAACCACACGUACUUUGUUCCCGUCGAUCGUUCCUCCCCCGCGCCCAGUGACGUGGCGAAUGAUGUGAAUACGCAAAACGACAUGCAAGAAGCUGCUGUUAAACAGGACGAUGGCGUUCGUUUACGCCGCCAGGCGGCCACUAUCAUGCGGAUGGAUGUGGAGCCAAGUGACAUGUCCGAGGUUCGCACAGUCGUUCGCGGUCACAUGGUCCCCGGAAUUUACCUCACCUCGAACUUCCGCGAUGAACAGCUGCUGGAAACGGAAAAUAGUCAAGCCAAGAUCCGCAUCAAUAUGUACAAUGCCCCUGCUCGCAUCUACACAGCCAACUGCGUCCGUUUGGUCUCUACCAACAAUUACGCUCAUCAAGGUGUUAUUCAUAUGCUCGACGGUGUGAUGAAACCCGCCACUAAGACGAUUGCCCAGCUCCUCGAAUCUGAGCCGCACUUUUCUUCCUUUAGAAAACUACUUAGAGAACAAGAUUCUACCUUGUUUAGUCAACCGGGUCAGUUAACCGUUUUCGCCCCCACUGACGAUGCCUUUGCCAAAUUGAAUCCGGAAUUGAGGGAACGUUUAAUGAAAGGCCAGGGCUGCGUCCAUAGCGUAGUGGAGCACCAUGUACUGCCCAAUGUUAUCUGUUCGACUGUCAUCCAAGGACGUGCUCGUUCAACUUCUCUGCUUGGCUCAUCUUUGCUUCUGGAACGUGACUUGGAGGGUAAACUCUACGUAAAUGGCAAACUGGUGAUUACACGCGAUGUCGUGGCGUCUAACGGCGUUCUGCAUGUCAUUGACGGCGUUCUCAUUCCGGAAAAUGCUCGCAGCUUUAGUCAAUUACUCUCGUCACACAAUCUGACAGAGUUGGCCCGUUUAGUUGAAGCCGCAGGAAUGGCCCCAAUGCUGGAUUCACUCACCAACGCCACUUUGUUUGCUCCGAAUAAUUAUGCCAUUCGCGCCAUUCCCGAUGAGGUGAAACAAUCAUGGAUGACUAACCCCGAAAAGCUGAAACAAGUUCUAAUGUACCACUUGGUUCAACCCGGAGUCCGUCAGGCUGGUUUAGCAAACAAUCAGAUGAUCGAAACUGGGCUUAAGGGUCAGAGUGUUCGCAUGAACUUUUACCAAUCGAUUCCAUUUUUCAACGCUUCACCACUUCGAGCGAGUGUGCAGUGUGGCGCUGUGUUGCGUUGGGAGCAGGACGCUUGCAAUGGCAAUGUUCACAUCAUUGAUCGUGUUAUGAUUCCCCCAGAGAACAGUAUUACUCAAUGGCUAGCUAACAAUCGCAGUUUCUCGAUUAUGACGACACUUCUAAAGGAUACCAGACUUAAUGAGAUUCUCAAUGCUGAAGGCACCUACACUGUUUUGGCUCCUCCCGACGUCGCGUUUUAUCAGAUGCCUGAGGAGGUGUUGUCUGAGAUUACCAAAGAUGCUCGUAAAGCUGCCAACAUUUUGAAACAACACAUCUUACCUGAACACAUGUGCUGCUCUGGAUUCCGUGGUGACUGGUUCACGAGCAACCGUCGCCGUACUAUUGAUGGCAGCUGGGUAUCUCUUCAGCGCCAUCUAGAUGGAAGUUUGACUGCUGGAGACGCUCAUAUCCUCGCGUGUGAUCAGCUCGCUCUCAACGGUGUCAUCCAUGUUGUGGAUCAGGUAAUUAUGCCAAAAGUAAACGCUUUACCCUUUUUAUCUGGCACUCGUCGUCUUGGACUCCCUGGUAUGGAAUUGAUCUUGAACCACGGCAAGUAAAGAAAUAUAACAACACAAAACGUAAAUGACAACUUCAUCAAAAUUCGAAAGCCAAGCCCCACGUUCCCUGAUGUGUACGAUUUUUUUAAAUUUAACUACGAUGUCCAUUGGGGGAAGACAACGUUUCCUGUUUCAAGUUAUUCCAUUUUUAUUCAAUAAGACGACUGUAUAUUUAUUCAUGAUUGUUUGUUUUUGUUUUUUUUUCUUAUAAAAUCCGGAUAACCGUUUGUUCUUGUUUACUUUUCUCGUUUCGUAUUUCUGACGUGGCCUAUCCGGAUCGCAUUUUGCUUUGCUGGACAAUACAAAUGUAACGGGAUUGAA